CCGCCGCCGCACUCACCUCAACUGCCGGCAACCCACUCCACAGCAGUCCCAACCUGCGACCUCCGCUCUCUCCUCUCCUCUCCUCCACAGCCGGCGGCCCCAUCGCCUCCCCUUCUCUCCCUUGGCGCAGAUCCAGCAGGAGGCGGCGGCGGCGGCCAGAUCCGCAGCGGGGCUUCUAGAUCCACGGCGCCGUCGUGCUGGGCACGGCAGCGAUGAUCGGCUCCUCUUCUCCACAACCACGCGCAGGGAUAGGAGGUAGAGGAUUGACCCACUUUUUCUCGGGAUGGGAUGUCGCCAUGGAGCGAGCUCCGACCCCACCGCCGCCGCCAUGGACCGGCCCUUUCAAGGUGCACGAUAGAGACAUAGUGUGCUAUGCACGGGGGAUUCUUCUUCCGCUCCGACACCCCUCCGGGUGGCCCCUAUUCUUGUACCAUGCCUUGUUGAUGAGCAGUUCUCUCCCUGUGCCAUGGCAGCGACUUCACUGUGCAACAACCACAUCUUUUUCUACCGUGGUUCAGGUGGGCGAUGGUAGGCUCGGCCUCAGUGUCUUCUGUUGGAUGAAGCAGCUGCAUGUUCGGCAUCGUCGACAAACACAGCCACUAUGAGCUCCUCUCCUUCUUUCUCUCUUCAAUCUGAAAAGAACUUACCAAUGCUCAAAAUAGGCUAUUAAGUUGAACAAUCAAAGAGGGGCUGCUGCUCAUGUGUUCACUUUAUAGUUCCAAAGUUUCGGAUUGAACUGAGUGGUUUCCUUUGCUUGUCAGUUGCCUACUGUAGCACAAGUUAUGUGUUAGCAGAGGUUUCUUUUCCUGGCUA